UGCACAGGAAGUGGAGCGCAGCAGCAGCAGCAGCAGCAGCAGAGAAGUGUUUGCUAGGAAGCUACUGGUUAGCUCAUUACCCCGUCGCCUCUCACAGUCAGCCAACAGUUUACACACAGUGUCCUUUUAAUUCAGCCUCGUUUAUGAGUUAAUGCCUUGUGUUGGGGGGCAGAGUUCGUCGACAUGUCGGGCAGAAAGCGAACUCGAGAGAAGGAGGAGAGACGAGAGCACAAGAGACACAAGACCUCCAGACAGGAUAUGGAGAAACUCAAAACACAUGCGAAGAAACUCAGCCAGCAAGUCCAAACACUGAAACACGUCGAGACGUUCUAUGAGAAACCUCCGCCAGGAUUCAUAAAGGAACAUGAGGACAAACCGGAGGACUGCAUUCCUGCCGAACCAGGAAAUGAGGCGGCCAGGAGCUUCCUGGCUCACGCCCCUACCAAGGGGCUGUGGAUGCCUCUGGGGAAGGAGGUGAAGGUGAUGCAGUGUUGGAGAUGCAAACGCUACGGCCACAGGACCGGAGACAAGGAGUGUCCGUUCUUCAUCAAAGGCAACCAGAAACUAGAGCAAUUCAGAGUGGCUCAUGAAGACCCGAUGUAUGACGUCAUUCGGGAAAACAAAAGGAAUGAAAAAGAAACGAGGAUCCAGCAGCUGCAGCAGCUGCUUCAGGACACCACCUCCUCCAAUUCAGACAGCUCCAGCUCCUCCUCCUCCUCUUCCUCCUCUGACCACCAUCGCAGCAAGAAAAGGAAAAAGAGGAAGGACAAGAAGAAGAAGGACAAGAAGAAGAGAAAAAGGAAAAGAAAGCACAAAUCCUCCAAAACCAGUGACUGCUCGGAUUCUGAUUGAGUGCUCGUGUACGUACGACGCACUCAAACACUACGUGCUUUAAACGUAGGAGGAGACUGAAAGUAGCAGCAGCAGUAGAUCUUCUGCAAUAGUGAAGCGUGGAAACCCUUUUUUUGAAGUGUUUUCCUUUCAGGUUGAAAACUGUACAUCCACUGCGCAUGACUUCUCCCAGACGUUUCAUCCUCUCCAGGGCGACGACUUUGCAUUUGCAUCCUCUCUGUUGAUCAUACAGCACAGGGUCAUACGGAACAGCUGCUAAAGUAAGCAUGCGUUCGUGUGCCUCGGUGCAUUAGCUGCAUGGGUAAUGAAUCUAAUGUGAUAUGAAACGAGCCUGCUGGUGAAUGAGAUCUUUUGCUGGGUCUAAUAAGAUAGCAUGUCAGCAAAUACAGUGUAUCAUUAAGAGAUUGUAUUUUUCCAGAAAUUAUUUCUUUUUUUUUUUCAUCCCUGUCCACAUCUUUUAAAUACUUUGAUUGUAGAGUGUGUUGAAUGCAGGGAGCUGGAAAAAAACCAGUCCAAAUUAGAUGUUGGGAGUUAGAAUUUGUCUUCCACGCGAGCAUGAAUGUUUGAAUGCUUGAGACUGAACAUAAAUAUUUGGAAUUAUUUGAGGUUGGAAUAUGCUUAUUUGCUCUGAAGGAAGAAAAGAAAAAAAAGCCACAGAGAUGUGGGGGGGGAAAGAAUGUAUGUGAAUGUGUUCCCUCAUUCAGAGAAUAAAGAUGGCUCUUUUUCUCCAA